CUUCUCUUUUAUACAUGUUCUUUGCUCUUAGUCUCCUCAAGCCGUUAUAUUUUAGUUUGAUCAGUUGAUGCGCAUGCACCAGAACUUGUUUUCUCUCUCUCUGUUAUUCAUUCUCUCCGCCCACCUUCUGUUCAGAGAUGGGAAAGCAGUACCCAGCUUACCGGAAUAAUGAUCAAUCCCGGGGAAUCUUGUGGAGAAUAAUUUGCGCUCUUGACUACCAUCAUUGGCAGAACAAUGUCAGAAAAAUGUUACCUCACAAAAGGCACAAUAAGCAGAAUAAUGCCAAAAACAGUAAAAUUCCGAAGACAACACCAGGUGCCGAUUGUGCUGGAGAGAAGCUUGUGGGUGCUGAAACAAGUCAUUCUCUUGUUAAUCCACGUACAGAGGCUAGCCCAACUCAUAAACGGUCUCUCAAAGCUCGCGUGAAAGCACUAGUUGCUAAAAUGAUUCGCAAGGAAGAUGAUAACAAAAGAACAGGCCUGAACUUUCCUGCACUUUUGCAGCUGGAGAGAACUCUUUCUGUCAAGCAUCUAGACACAUCAAAUGACAGCUUCAGGAAAACAGGUAAGGAUUGGAGAAGUCCAAUCAUAUUCUUUCCUAGGAAGGAUGGCGCCACCAAAUUGCAGCGUCCAGCUAUGAUGAUGGCUAGUGACUGGAAUAAAUUUGAUUUGUACACUAAAGAAAGUUUAAUGGACUACAUUGAGCACCAAAGGCUUUCUCAAAACUACAGUUUCUCUGGAGCAAGAGAAAUAUCGGUGGAUCAAGCACAUGCUACCCAGUUUAUACAGAAUGCUUCCCAGCAACAGUUGAAAGAGCAUGCGGAUGUUUUAAAACUACUACAAAUAAAUGAAGAUCUUUUUCAAGAAUAUCAACAAGAGGUGGAUCUUUGCAAAGAAAAUGACUUUUGGAUGCCUAAAAAUUCUAAUGCAAAAGCUAGAUUAACAAAGUCAGGGACAUUCCCUGCAGCUAAUUUGUCAUACUUGCGCAGAAAAAACUAUAAGCCUGCUACACUUGAAGACAAACAAACAGAAACAUGGUCUUCUUCAAGAGGAAAAAAUUUGCAUAAUGAGACUCCACAAACAGUGGGUAGUGAAGUGUUUGCACAUAUGGAAGAUCAGAGGCAAAAAUUAAAGCUUCAGAACAAUACGGAUAAAGAUGAGGUUCCUUGUGACAAGGCAGAUAGAAAUAAGCUUCCUUGCAGCUCUGCUUCACUACUCGAUCAAGUUUCAAAUGAAUAUUUACCUUCCAUGAGAGAGAAGCAGUUGACUAGAAUAUGUGAUACAAGAACAGUACGGGAUGAUGAUUUCAAGGACUUAAACAGUUGCAAUAUUACUUUUGGUCCUAUUAAUAAUCUUAGAAGUACUUUGAGGCACAGAAGAACAUCCUCCCUAAAUGAUUCACUGCACAGAUAUGCUCGCUUGUUUGAUUAUAGCUUCAGCAUGACAAACAAAUUGGAUAUAUCUAAGAGUGUUAGAUUUACAAACGAAUAUGACACCUCCUCAACUGGGAAUGCUCCAAUAUCCUUCAAAAGGAAUCAGUCUUUGCCUCAUGGUAAAUCUCCUUGGCCCAAUCAUGAUGAGGAUUCUCUCGAAACCUUAUAUCCAUAUGUGUCAAGUAUGCAUUCUCUGGUUUGCACAACAGCUACUGAAGAUAAUAGUCUGAGUGAAUCAAAGCCGGUGGAACAAUCUGUGGGUAAGAACUCAGAGAAGUGCUUACGGUUGGUUAAAAAUGAAGGAAAUUUGCAUUCUGAAACAAGUGUGGAGGAUGUUAAAAGUAAUCAAGAGGAGAAAUAUUUGGAGAGCUCGACAAGGGUGAUCGAUGUUUGUGGUACUACGGCUUUGAUGAAUGGACAUUGUGAGGAAAUAGUUGGACCAGCGUUUGAGAAAAGCAGCUGUUACAAAGAUCUUCAAGUCAACUCCAUGGAGAUUGACGAUGACAAGGACACAAGAACAAGUCUAAUGGACUCAACUCUUAUAAGCUGUUUGCAAGAGGAUGUAGCAAGCCCAACAGAGCUUUCGGUAUCAGAAGGUUUGGAGCACACAUGCGAUCAUUCCUACGAGAGAGAAUCUUUGCUCACCUUGCUCAACAACUCAGAUAAAGAUUCUGUGUCGAUGACAAGUACAGCAUGCCCUGAAAAUCUUAACAAUACACGCAAGAAUUUUAAAAGUCACAUGGAUACCAAGUUGGACAAAGAUGAAGAGUCUGACUUAAGUUAUGUGAGAGACAUCCUUACGGUGGCAAACUUCAACGAUAAAGGCUUUCAUGGGGAAUGGUAUUCAUCUGAGCAACCAAUAAGCCCACUAAUAUUCGAUGAAGUAGAGGAAUCUUGGUGGCCCCAUGAAUCAGAAUGUUCACAAGAGAACCUCAUUUUACUGUAUCAUCACCAACUCCUGUUUGAUUUAAUCAAUGAAUCAAUUAUCCAAAUAUAUGAGACAGCAUUCACAUACUACCCAAGGCAAUUAUCAACAAGUUGCCAAGUCCAUUCAUUGCGCGAACCAUCCAAUGAAGAGGAGGUGCUGAAAAAUCUUCUCAAGUACAUUGGCUUUAAAUCUGAACUUGACCAGCCACCAGACGAUGUAGUGGAACGUGAUUUGUCAAAAGCUGAUGGUUGGAUGAAUCUCCAAACAGACUCCGAGUGUGUGGCACUUGAGUUGGAGGAUUUGAUUUUCGAUGAACUCUUGGAAGAACUAAUAUGUACUUGAGAUUGUUGAAGAGACUGCCUAGCAUAGACCAAGGGGAAAUGAAGCUGAUUUUGUAUUUUAAGUCAGUAAUGUAAAAUGAAGUUUAUUGCAUGUCUUUGAGUGUAUAUAUUUUAGAAAAUAGGUAUUGUUCUUGUAAUCGUGUAAAGCUUAUAGCAGUGAAAGGAGAAAUGUAGAUGUACAAGUGCAUAGUACUACAAUUUUGAAGGCUUGGUAAUUGGUAUAUAUAAAUUUGAUAUUGCUUAAAUAAA